CCAUGCAAUUGUCUUCUGUAUUCCCCAUCCCAACACCCACUACUUGUGUUCUUGUGCAAUUCAUUCAUUAUCUUUCUACUUCAUCUAAUUUCAAAGUCACCAGUACUAUCUUUUUGUCCAUAACUUCAUUGUCUCCGACACUGUCUCUAUCACCAUUUCUCUUUUGAAAGUUGUUUGUUUCUCUCUGACAUACAAAUCUCCUUCUCAUUUGUCUCCUUCACUUCUCACUUCUCAUUUUUACCUCUCUCUCGCUCUCUCUCUCACACACACACACACACACACAUUACCAUAAUAAACAUGUCUAGCAGAAGGUCACGGUCGAGGCAAUCUGGUGGUUCAAGGAUCACUGAUGAUCAGAUCAACGAUCUUGUUUCCAAGUUGCAACAGCUUCUUCCUGAGAUUCGUGAUAGACGCUCUGACAAGGCUUCAGCUGCCAAUGUGUUACAGGAGACGUGCAACUAUAUUAGAAACUUGCAUAGAGAGGUUGAUGAUCUAAGUGAGCGACUGUCUGAGCUAUUGGCUACUACAGACACUGCCCAAGCUGCUAUAAUUAGGAGUUUACUUAUGCAGUAAAGCUAGCUAAUUAAGGAAAAAAAAAAUUAAGGCUAAAUUAGCAGUUCACUUAUGCUAGCUACGUACCCUUCUGCUUUUGUACUCCUCUUUCUAGGUUUCGUUACAAGAUCACUAGAAUGUAGCAGUUGAACUAUUAAUCUUCUUUUUUUCGCAAAGCUAUGUUCGAAAA